AUGACGCUCAUAUUAAAAGAUGGCACCAGUGGUAAAGAGACUAAGGAAGGGUAUGAUCGGGGUUCCAACAGGGAAACAGCCACUCCAAGACACCUCAUUUGCCCUUGCGUGGAGCACCGUGGCCAGCAAGGGGCCCCACAGCACCGGCGGCGGCCGAGAAGGGGAGGCGGGGAGCCAGGGGAACAGGAGCAAGCCCCGGCUUCCCGGCUGCGGGGGCGCAAUGAGGCGGAACCGCUCCGGCCGCUCCGGCGCUGGUGCCGGUCUCGGGCGCGGGUCUCGGGCGCCGAGGAAGAUGCUGCCCUCCGCCACCCGGCUCCUCCAGGCGCCGCGCCCCACAACCGGCUUUCGGGGUUUGCCGCCCGUCCGCCAGCCCCGCGGCGGGUGCUGGGACCCGGAGCCCGCGUGGGCGCUCGCCUCCUGCCCGGCGUAGCACCGCCUCCGGCCCGGGUGCAGGGGCCCGGCGCGCAGGCGGGGGGCGCUGUGGCCUCGGCGCGGGGACAGAGCGGCCGGGCCGGAUCCGCCUCUUUCCCCUCCCCGCCCGCCCCCCACGCGUCGUGUCGCCGGGAAGCCGGGAGGAGACAGAGCGCGCUCGGGCUCCACGGCGCUCGGCCCGCAGUCCUCCGGCAGCGCCGAGCCGAGCCAGGUGGCGCCGCCCGAGCCGCGAGCCGCGAGCCGCGAGCCCCCGGGCCGCCUUUGUCUGGGAGCGUGAGGCCUGGAAGCGCCGCUCUCGGGGGCCGGGCACGCGCCCGCAGCGGUCGGUGA